CAGUAUAUUGAGGUCUCAGGUACUAAAGGACGUUUAAUACUGACCACAGACCUCAUCCACCAUCUAGUGGUCAGAAAAAUAUCACACCCAUUUAAAACCCUAAAGUCCACAUUGGAGUUGUCUGCCAUUAUUUGUGGCUUUCGCACAUUUAGCUCCUUUUCCUUCUUUAGUUCAGCAUCUGUUUCGAGUCAUUCUGCAGAUUCUUUAUUGUACGGCUUCCAGUGCGCACAUCUGGUCGCUUGGGUUUUGGCCCCAGAUGUGGAGAGAAGAAGAAAAGAGGGGAGGAGAAGAUUGGCGAAGAGGGCGUGGAAGAAGAGACACAAAGGAAGUUGAAGAAAAUAAGAGGACAUCUGUGACUUUCACGCCACUUUUCCAACAGUGAGAGUUUGUGAAGGACAGCGAGGGCCGGAGAGAGAUAGAACAUUUUGGCAGGAAGUCAGUGUUUGUCCAGAGAGGUCACAGCAUGGCGCUCUUCCCGUUCUGCAAGACACCAACAGGAGCGCUCAGAAUGUCCAGGAUACAUCUCCUCCUCUACUUCCUGCUGCUGUCUCUUCUCGUAUACUUCCUCCACGGCCGUAAGGCGGGCGCCAACAUGAGGUCUCCUCAUCCUUACUUUCGCUCCAUGGAAUCCGCCAUCGGAAGAGAAAAGCCGGCCAUGGUCGACGCAGCAUCACCGCGAGCCCCUCAGCAAACGCCUUGGGGGGCUCCUCUAGUCUGGGGGGACAGCCGCACCUCGGUCAGGCGGAGAACUGAAUUUGCAGAAGGAGAAGUCCGGAUAGGCCUGCUGACCCUGGUGGUGGGAAAGUAUUCCCAGUUCGUGAGACGUUUCGUGUCCUCGGCAGAGGACUACUUCCUCCCCAGUCAGAAGGUCACCUACUACAUCCUCACAGAAAAACCUGGCACCUUUGAGCCUCCUAUGAAGUUGGGGCCCGGGCGGCAGCUGAAGGUGGUUCCUGUGGCAGAGUUCCCAGGCUGGGACAGGUUGGUGUAUCGCCGCAUGACCCUUUUGGCCGACACCAUCAAAGACCAAAUUGGCAAGAACAUCGAGUACAUUUUCUGCGCUGACGUCGACCAGGAGUUUGUGGCUCCGGUCGGAGAAGAAAUCCUGGGUGACCUGGUGGCCACCUUGCACCCGGAACUCUACGGCAAGCCGCGAAAGGCGCUUCCUUAUGAAAGCGACCGGGGGUCGUCGGCUUACGUGGAGGACGAGGAAGGUGACUACUACUACACCUCGGAGUUGUACGGCGGGCUGGUCCCGCAGGUCUACAGACUGGCCCGGAGUUGUUCCAUGCUCAUCCAGAAGGACCACGCCAACGGCGUGAUGGCGCGCGGCCGCGAAGAGAGCUAUUUGAACCGCUACCUGGUGGCUCACCCACCCAGCUGCGUGCUCUCGCCCGAGUACAGCUGGUGGGACUCGGGCCGGGCCGUGGACGUUCCUGUCAAGAGGCUGGUCUCCCUGGGGAGGCAAUGUGAGGCUUUUGAUGCUGAGAAGAGAGAGAAGCACCGAUGUUGAAGUCAUGGAGCUUCAUAUCUUCUUCUCAUGUGGGACAAUAGUAAGUACGCCUCCGCUACUUUGCUGCAUCAGACUCUGCUGGGCAGGAAGGAAAUGAGCAACUUGGCGCUGACAAGAGGACCAAGAAUUAUAACCCUGUCAGUCAUACCUUAAUAAAAACACAGUGAUAAGAUGGUA